UCCUAUUACCCCCGGGCAGGAUAAAACUCCCUCCCCGAAAAGCGCCCCAGAGCUGCGGGACGGAGGGAAGCGGACGGAGGGAGCAGCUCUGGAACCGCGGGACUGUCGGGUGUGAGGAGCCGCAGGGAACGCCGUGAGCCGCAGGGAACGCCGUGAGCCGGGGCUGCCGGCCCCCCACCACCAUGAGCCUGGAGCCCCCCAAGCUGGAGGUCAAAUCAGCCACGAGGGUGACCGGGGGUCCCGCCACCCCUCGCAAGGGACCCCCCAAGUUCAAGCAGAGGCAGACGAGGCAGUUCAAGAGCAAACCCCCCAAAAAGGGGGUGCAGGGGUUCGGUGAUGACAUCCCAGGCAUGGAGGGGUUGGGAACAGACAUCACCGUCAUCUGUCCCUGGGAAGCCUUCAGCCACCUGGAGCUGCACGAGCUGGCUCAGUACGGAAUCAUUUAGGAUUUGGGCAGGCUUACUGUGUAGUGCUGUGUAGGUCGAGGCCCCCCUGCCCAUGCUGGGGGGCUCAGCUUAGAAAAAUAUUCAUUAAACCCAAACGAGGGCA